UGCUACAAAGAUAAACUUUAUACAUUUCAAUUUAUAAUCUGAACAUUUUGCGUUGAUAAAAGGAAACGGUACAUUGGUACAUACGUCUUCGUUAAAAACUGCAAUAAAAAAACUUUACCAUUCAAAUUUCUAAAGGUAUUCAAUGUUGGUCGCCAAUAGUUCUUCACAGAUCACGGACGGUCAACAUUGAUCGCUUUAACCUUAACCAUCAACACGCCGGCAUGCCUCCAUACAUUUAAUCCUUAAAUCUAUCCUUGUCUUUAUGAAAAAUCCUCGUUGCUCUGUCUGUUGAAAGACCAUUUUGUCUGUGUGGUUUACAAGUGUCAGAAUAAUUCUUCACCGACUGUAACUCCAUCAACCCAGGAUGAUUUGGACACAAAGAUUCAAAGACAUCUUCACGGUGAAGAAUUUUCAAAAUGAAAGGAUCUCCGACUCUAGAAGAGAAGGAAUCUAGUUCAAGAUGCUCAACACUGGACAGAAAUUCUAAAGAUAGAAGUAAUUCAUUUAAAAGUGAGAGCGGGAAAACAAAGAUUUUUAAAGUCAGAGAAGACGUGUACUUAGUCCAUAAUAACGUGGUUGACAAAAACUUACUCAAAAGCAGCAUUGCAACCAAACUAAGGCAAAGCAUACCGGGAGAACUUUGUAAUAGAACAGAAGUUGUGAAUAAAUUAAGGAGAGAAAAUCUCAAAGAGUAUCUGCGCCUUUCUAGUCUGAAUAAAAAAUUCAGUUCCGAAAUGCAAAUGGAAAAGAAUCGUAUCAGCAAUGAAGGUCAUCUGCUGAUGAAACGCCAGGAACAGAUGAGGAGAAACAGUGAUCAGGUCAGAAGGAACCAAGAGAAAAUGAAAAUGGUCUUCGAGAAUAGGAAAACGCCAUCUUCGACGCUUCCUCAAAUUUCGCACCGAUCGACCACACCCGUUGCCAAGCGCGUCAUAAUUGAUCAUACCAAUGGAGAAACCGCUUUUGUCAAACGAAAUGACCGACCAGCAACAUAUCCCCGCGUUCCCAUUGAUAAGGAUGACCCAACUUUCAUCAAAGUCUUCAAACAUAAUGGGGUUUUCUUACCUCAGAAUAGAUACCCGGAUAAACAUUCCAUUGCCAAACCUGAAAACAGUAUUUUGAAGAGAGGCCAAAUGCCAAUCACUCCUGAUUAUGAAGAUUUGACCUUGUCUAUGAAUGACCUUGACAUAGAUAGCAACCGAUCUUCACCUGCCUUAUCGCCAAAGGAAUUUUCGAAGCAAAAAUCAGCAAGACGGGUUACUUGGAGCGGAGUUGACAGAGAGAAAAAAGAGAAACCAGCACCAAAGAGCGCAGUGUUCGUAAGAAAAACACCGGAGUUGUUUUCACCAGUUCAAGAUAAAAGAAGUGAUAUGAAUUCAACUCCAUGUAGUCAGAAAAGUUUUAAAAGUGACUCUGCGUUACUCAAACACCAGUCUUAUAGGAAAGGAAGAAGUAAGAUUGAAACAAUAGGUAUCCAGUGGAAGCUUCCUCAGGGUUCUAGGGUGGACAACUCUAGAUCUCGAUCUGCAGGCCACCUUUCAAAGAACCUUAACCCCUGUUCUGUUGCCCUUGACAAUGAAGGGACUUCCAUCACGAAAACGAAAUGGCAAGUACCCCGGAUGCAGUCCUUAGAAUCGUAUGAACUUUACAAAAUAUGGCUAGAAAAACUGGAAAACCUUAAAACCGGGAAGGCUACCGAAGUUCCUAUGGGUCCGCGGAUCCAUUCUUCCAAUCGCAGCAUUAGUUUGACUGUUCCUACAAUGUCAGAAGCCCCUAAUGCUUCAUUGAUCACUGGGUCAAAUAUGUAAAACAACAGCAGAGCUAAACACAAAGAGAAACGGUAGUAAUAUCACGACCAUCUGUGAGGGAUUGGUCAUAAAUGUUUCGAAAGCAUUCAGUGAAUCCAAACAAAUUAUAUUAAUUUUUGAAAAAUUGCAGUCUUUACUUUAAACUACAUGUACAAGAAAUAAUGCAAUUUUUAUAUCAUACUGACGAUUAGUUGAAGUUAGGGUUAUCAGGUCCAAAGUAAUGCCAGGGUUAUGUCAAAUAUGUUACAAUGGUUUUAUUUACAAUCGGAAGUAGUGUAUUAAAUUCAAAACUUCGAAUUAAUUUGACCCUUUUAUCUGAGAUAUUAAAAUAUAUAUAUUACAAAUAUUUAAUUCUCUCUGAUAAUAAGUAAUUCUAGAUUUGACAAAUGUGUAUUUGAAAUAUUCUAGGAAAAACUUCAAUGUGAAAAAAUAUAUCAGCAACAAAUACUUUUGCAAUUUGGUUUCAUGAAAUGCUGACCUGCUUAUCAUUAUGAAUAAAACUUGUGAAGAAUAUAACAAAAUAAUGUAUUGCAUAAUCUAGAAUCUUAAUUAUGUAAGCUGUAUGGUUACCGUAUACUAUAUACUGAUCUGUUUUUGUUGUUUUGAAGACAUAAAAUUAACCUUUUUUGCCAAACUAUUAUGUCUUAUACAUGGAGCAUUUUGAACAUCAAGUUCACAUUCUCAGAACUUACUGAUCAUCUUUUGGAGUGUUGGAAUUUUGCUAUAUUUGGUGCCAUUUAUUCUGGGAUGUGUGAGGAAAGUCAUGCAGAUGUAGAUAUUAUAAGUUAUUUGAUUGGCUGAAUUUUAUUGGAGAAUUAUUAUUAAUGUAUUCUUUUUAAUUUAUUAACUUUUCACCGUUUGUUUUACACAUCUUUCAAUGUACAACGUAUGUACUAAUGCAAAGAAGUGAAAUACAAAAUAAAUACUUUUA